GGGAGUAGACGGCUGUCUUAUACAUCGGUGUUGUAUGUGUCAUUUACGUAUGAUUUUGAGGUCGGCGGUUCCCCUCACGUUCAACGAUAACAGAAGACUAUCUUUUCUGCAAACUUUUGAAGUUUCUUUACAAACUUGGCUCCAUAAGCGAGCACUCCAAUCUUAGGACUUGAAAGAACUUUGGAAAUUUGUUCACUGGACCUGAACGCAAACUAUUUGUAAGGUGAUCCUAUAUGGCUCCUGACCGUGUUCGUCUUGGUCGUACCAGUGUGUUUUAUUAUACAGUCUUUCUUUUCUUCAUUGGUUUCUUGGUUUCUCUAACAGGUGGAAACUGUGAUCACAAAAUCUUUAGAGAAAGUGCUGGAGACUUAAAAUCUCCAGAUUACCCAGAUCCAUAUCCAAGUCUUUCAAAAUGCUCCUGGUUGAUAAAGGCGCCACUGGGAUAUAAAAUCAAAUUACAGUUUUUCGAUUUUGUGCUAGAAGAAGGUUAUGAUUGUGGUAAUGAUAAUGUUAAAAUUUAUGAAGGGAAGAACAGUUCUGCCACACUUAUAGGAAAGUAUUGUGGAAAUAAAAAUCCAUUUAAAGUGGAAACACCAACAAGUUAUAUGUAUAUCACAUUCAAGUCUGACAGAUCUUUGAAUUAUCGUGGAUUCAGGGCCUCAUUUGUCAUGGAAGCAUCAAGUCCCAUAAAAUCAAUGAGUUUUAAAAGAAUGUUGAAGGAUACCACUUUCACAGCUGUUGGGCAACAGGUUAAAUUUACUUGCCAGGUGAAAAAUGGAAGUCUAAAUAUUGUUAUUUCAUGGAGGAAAGAUGGAAAGAACUUGAUUGGGAAUAAGUCAAACUUUACUAUGAUCCGAAACAAUAUUAUCAAAAAGAGAUCAACUCUAUUGUUGACUAGAGUGUCAGAAUAUGAUGCAGGAGAGUACAGCUGCACAGCUAAGGACGCUGAUAUGGAGAAAACUAUCUCCUCCUCUGGAAGCCUUCUUGUCAAAGAAGCAGCCAACAUAAAGGAGGGCCCCCCUGCCAUGAAUGUCUCUGCUGGUGAUACUGUUGUUAUGAAGUGCCAAGCUUAUGGAGAUCCCAUUCCUAAUAUCUAUUGGAAAGUCAAUGGAGAGGACAAGACAGCAAUGUCCAUCCAAAAGAACUUCACUUCUCAGUUGCAAUUCAAAGCAGACAAAAAUGCACUUGUGAACUGUACAGCAAGCAAUCAUUUUGGAACGGACUGGAAAGCUAACAAUAUUGCUGUAACAGCUCGUAAGAUACUUACCGGUACUUUUGUGACAAUUGAUGACUCAACAAUAUCUGAACCCAGCUGGUCUUCGCCAGUGAUAACUAAAGUGCCAGCCAACUUGACAGCAGAGCUGGGAGCUGAUGUGACAUUAAAAUGUGCUGCAGAAGGAAAUCCUAAACCCAAGAUCAGAUGGCUGACAGAGGGUAAAUAUUAUGAGGACUUACCAGAAGAUGAAAAUGGGGUAUCUCUGUUCACUCUAACAGUUACUAAAGAUAGGACAGCUAUACAAUGUGAGGCACAGAAUAUUUACAACAUUGACUCAAAGAAAGCCUACAUUACAGCUGCUAAAGUUGAGGCAGUUGUGGAGGCUGCUGGAUCAUCAGGAGUUUCCGGUCGCUUGACCAUUAUUCUGGUUAUGGCAUUUGUUGUGUUAGCUGUCUUGUUCAUCCUGUGUGGCAUCCUUGUCAUGUAUCGCCGCCACAAUUUGAAAAAGAAAAACUUGCCUACACCUGUUGAUCUGGAGAACUUACAAAAUAAUCCAAUAUAUGAGCAGCACACAAAUUAUUAUGUCAAUCCACAGCUAUUGAGUUGGCAGGUAUCAAGAAAUGGGAUGGAAUUCAUCAAAGAACUGGGACAUGGAAAUGGAAAUUUCUCAAGCCUCUUUCUUGCCAGUGUGAAUGAUACCAAAGUGGAAAAUGAUCAGGAAAGAAAAGGUCCACUCUUUAUGGUGAAAUUGCUCAAAGAAAAAUACUCUUUGGAAGAUGAUAGAAAGAACUUUGAGAAAGAUGCUAUUGCCCUGACCACAUUUAGCCACCCAUUUGUGCAAAGUUUGUAUGGGGUCUGUGUGGACAGCCCACCUCUGUGUCUUGUGUUUGAGUUUUCAGAGCAUGAUGAAUGCCUGCAGCAGUUUCUUGUUGAAUCAGGCCGGGGUCAUUGUUCAAUCCAUCGACGUACUGAUUUACAAAACGCCAAACCAAAGCUGUCAAAUAUAGAUCAGAUAUCCAUUGCCAAGCAAAUAGCAAAUGGUAUGGAAUACUUAGCAGAUAAGGGUUAUGUCCACAGAGAAUUGUGCACCAAGAACUGCAUCAUGGGCAAAGGAAUGGUGGUCAAGAUCUCAAACCUUGGUUUCUCUUGGAAAGGUCCAAAUAGUGAUUACUUCUCCUUGGGAUCAACAGAACGAGCUGGGUACCCUGUGAGGUGGCUCCCCCCUGAAACACUCCAGUAUGGUGUAUUUGAAGAGGAUACUGACAUCUGGUCAUUUGGUGUUGUGUUAUGGGAGAUUUACUCCAGUGGUUUAACACCAUACUAUGGGAUGAAUGAUGAUGAAGUUAUUUCUUUGGUAAAUGGCGGAGACAUUCUUCCUUGUCCAAAAGAGUGCCCCAAAGAAAUGUAUGAAAUUAUGCAAGGCUGUUGGAAGUUGGCGCCAACUGCGAGGCCAAGGUUUAACCUCAUCCAUCUGCAGAUCUCGUCACUUUUCAAUGGAGUGCCUGUGUAACUGUGUUCCUGUCCAAUAACAGUGAUUUAAUAUUUAAGAUAAGAACUGCUUAAGGAAACAUUAUUGUGGAAAUUUUAUUUCUAUCAGCAUUCUAAUCAAAGCAUUAGCGUCCUUGAAGUGUACAUGCAUAGAGAGAAGUUGAGUAAGAAAUUUUGUUUGUACAACUGUGAUUUAAAUUCCAUAUGCCAUGUUGCAUUUUUAGAUUAUGGUAACAAACUUAAAGAGGAUUUUAAAGUUCUUAUUGGGUAACUAUUCUAACAAUUUGUUACCAACAAAGACUGAGAAAAGAUUGAAGGACAUUUGUUUACAGUUCUGUAAUUAGACCUGUAUGACUACAAUGAUUACAUCAUUUUUAUUUUUUUUAAUUUUAUUUUUUAAACUUUCAUUUAGUGACAAAGAAGAAUGAUAAAAAGAAUAAAAAAGGUACUAAAUGAGAGACUAGCGUACGGACUCGAAGUACCAGCGAGGUCAGCCCCAUAAGUAUAUACUAUACUAAGACAUAUGUAAACAAAAACAACGAUAAAUGUGUUAAAGAAAUAGUUGAAUAGACAGUCUUUAAAGGUAGAAAGAGCUAUAGUUUCACGAAUAUCUAACGGAAUAUUGUUCCAUAAGGAAACAAUGCGAUUAAAAAAUGAAUCACGAAAUAAGGAAGUACGAACACGAUUUGGUCGCAAAUUAAAGUUGUUGGCAUUCCUAUUCAUUGA